AUGAAUAAUGAUUUUGAAAAUGAAAUUAAAAAAGUUAAAGAAAAUAAAAAGGCGACAGAAUCGGAGGGUUAUGAGGAUGAAGGUGAAGCAAUGGAAAACUCUUUUGAAGGCUCUGGAAUCGAGGAAAGUUUAUCGGCGGAAUAUUGCUUGCCUUCUAUUACUCUCUCAUUUAAAUCAAACAUUGGAGACACUCAGGCGGAAUCUUCAGGUGAAAAAACGGUGGUAGACGGUGGUAGCACAUACGAUGAAAAAAUAAAAUUAACACUAAAAGAAAAAUGGAUGAAUUUAACGGGUCGAAAACCCAAAAACAUACCCAUUAUAAGGAGACCACGUGAAAAAAUUGAAUUUUUCGGCGAUACGAGACCCGCACAAAUAGAAAAGGAAAGAAAUAAAAAAUGGAUGAAAUUAAUCGCGGAUAGCGCGUAUAAACAAAAUCAAAUUAAUUACGGCACUGUUUUCAGCGAGAAAAGAGUUCCAUACGAAUUGGGGGGUCUUUGGUCUGUAGCACUUCAUCCAAAUUUGGAAAAUUUAACGACGGGUUUUCAAUUCGGUGGAGUUCAGGUAAGAGAUUUUACAACGUUUGAAAAAAUAUGGUCUUUAAAAACUUUAGAAUCAGUUGAUAUAUUACCGAUAAGAACGAUAAAACAUUUACCAGCGGACUAUAAUAAGCUGUACCUUGCUGGAGCAUGUGGUAUAAUACAAAUAUUCGAUUUAAGAACUGGAUUAAGCGUCGAUUCCAGCGAGAAUAUCGAAACUCAAAUAAACGAUAUUGAUUUUUCCAGUAAUUUAAAUUAUUUAGCAUCGGGUGGUAAAAAUGGUUCCGUAUGCAUUUUUGAUUCCCUCACCCUAAAGGUUGUGAGUAAAAAAAUAAAACCGGAAAUAAGUUCUCCAAAAGCUACAAUAUCGACUAUCGAUUAUCCACCCUUACAAAUAUUUGCAAUUAAAUGUCACCCGAAAGAAGAAAGUAUUUUUUUAACCGGAGGAUGGGAUAGAUUUAUCAGAGUUUGGGACGUGAGAGUUCCAGAUUCGAUUUUUAAUAUACCCGGUCCGUUUAUUUGUGGUCAAGGUCUUGAUAUACACGAUAAUACGAUAUUAACGGGUUCAUGGGUAUGCGAAAACAGCGUACAACUUUGGGAUUUUUCAUCCCGGAAAUUAAUAAAAAACGUACCUAUACAAACAACCGCGACAAAAUACGAUGGCGAAUUCAUAUACGUGGCAAAAUUUUUUAAAAAUGCGACAAACGGUCACAUAUCCGAUCCGGAUUUAAUUGUCGUCGGCGGAAGUGGUUACAACGAAGUAAACGUUUUAAAAUCAUCGACGGGUACUGUAUUGGCUUCUUAUCCUUCGUACAAAACGGUUUUCUGUUUAGAUUCCCAAGGUGGUUUUGUUUUAUACGGUGGAAAAGAAUCAUUAAUGGAAACUGCUGGAAGAGCUGAAUCGAUCGCAGCACGACCUCGACCCACACAAAAUCCAGUAGCCUAA